UUCUCUUUUUGUGCCCGAAAAAGGAAUUUUUUUCAGUAUUUGAAUGCUCUUGGAUACUACGCAGUUCUUGCUUACAAAUUCAUUUACUUCUGUGUCCAGCAUGAUGCAAAUGCUAACAAGAUCAAGGAUGCUGAUCCAUUGGAUUGGGAUCCCGAAACUCCUUAUAUGGGUCCUAUUGAGCAGCCUGGUAAUGGUAAAGUGAUCGAUCUGGAAGUUGAGGGUGGCGCAUCGACAAAGGAUUUCUCGAAAAGAAAUGCGAAGGAGAAGAU